GGAAACAUUUCCAAUGAACGAAAGCGUCCUAGAUGUGAAAAUGGUGAAAAUGUACAAGAGUUUUCGUUUCCUAAAAGAAUUAAAGGUGAACUAAGAGAUCAAAAAUCUGAAAUAGGUCCACCUUACAAAUUUGAAAAUCAAUACAUCCCUUCUCAUGAAUACCAACAUAUUUAUUUUGAUCAUAAUAUUAACGGGGGUAAUCUUAAUCGAGUUAAAAAUAUUUUACUUACAGGAAGAGUAAAAGUUAACGUGCAAAAUCAGAUGUCUUGGAAGUAUAAUAACAGUAAAACUCGAGGUACACAUAAUAUGAAAGUUCAACGAUGCUUGGAUCACAAUGAAACGAAUAUCAAAUCUAGCGAUGCCAUCGUUGAACGUUCUUUAUCCAGUCACCCUCUGAAUAAAAAGGAAAACAUUGAACAAGAUACAAGUUACAAAAAUGGUUAUUACGCGGAUCAUUCUUUUAAGAAAAAUGUACAACACGCGUGGGGAAUCGA